UACCUUUCCCCCGUACAGCUAUCGCUCCACCCGAACCUCCCCCUCAUUCAACGGAUAACGCAAUCCCCCAAGAUUCAACUACACCUGCCCCCGAACCUGCAUACCAUGACGCCUCUGCUCGACUCGCAAGGGUUUUGGGAGAUCAACAAGAAGACGGUCGUGGAUUGCCUCGUCGCUGCGGAUAGGCGGUUCAACCGGGGUGCAGUGAGUAAAGGGGAGGUUACGGGAGGUCUCGGGAAUGUGAAUGGAGGAGGAAGUGGAAAGAGCGCUAAGGAUGGAGGGAACGCUGCCGCAAAUGUCGGGUCGGGAAGGAAACGUUUCAGGUCGAACAGCGGUUCUGAUCUUCGAACUCGAGAAGCACAGCUCACCUCCGAUUUUCACAACCGGGACGAAAGACAAGACUCUGGUCGAGUUACCCCUGCUACCAGUAUCAUCAACGGAGGGUCUUCUUCCGGCCUAUCCAGGUUUCUCAGCCGUUCUAAUCGCGAUCGCGAUCAGUCGCAAAUGGGUACGAGGUCUAAAGUGUCUAUAGACUCAUCGCGGCCACUGUCGAUCAUACAGAACCCGCCCGUUCCCGCCUCUCCGCGAUUGAACUUGAACGUGGUAGGCGCCGAGGAGCAAAAGCCUAAAAAGCUCGGAUUUUUGCGUCGUAUGACCCGGUCCGGCAGACAAGAAUCUAAUUCAGCCAAUAAUGCUUUGAAUUCGGCUCCGAUGGGCGAAGCGCAGGACGAGGUGUUGACCACCAAGACGUUGACUUCGAUCUUUGGCACUUCGAGCAGCAAGAUCCGGUCCAAGGAAAAGUCUCAAAGACGCAGCGGGAAGAGUCGCGACGAGGAGUUGCAAGUCCGGAGCGUGGACAGGACUAUCAGACCCAAGGACGCCUUGGCGAGCGCCGAUGAUGACGUUAACGUCAGUACCGACGUCACCCGCUCGAAUACGACCGCGACAGCAGUUCAUCCUCGUGCAUUGCACGGACUGAAAACCGACCUUCCGACCGCAAGCAUGGCUUCUGGGCCAUCUUCUUCCAGCAAGCUGCGGGAACAACAAGUCCAGGAAGUACUCCUCGCUUACAUCUCGAAACGUAUGACGUCGUGGGACCUGAAGAAAGAGCUUGUCGCGGACCCGGCAGACGACGGUGAAGGGUUGACCGCAAGUGGUAGCGAGCGUGGGAGCACGAUCUUGAGGUCCGGAAGUAGGCUUGGGACGUCUAGACGACCGAGUCGAGGAAGCGAGAAUGAACGGAGCGAUGGCAAGAACAGCAAGAAGGGGAUGAUGGAGCUCGAAGCCCUCAACGCGAAACUCGCGCAGAUAGAGUUCGAGGUAAGAAAUCCUUCUCGUCCGCCUACAAAACGUCACGGCGACGCUGAUAGAUGUGCUUGUCUCGCAAAUCCGGUAGAUGAUCCUGAAUUGCGGUCGACAUUUUCAUCCAGCCAUCCAGUCGGCGCUGCACAAGGUCCGCUUCCACAUGGGCUACUGCUCCUCAGUUCAGCUCGUCAAGCGACUCAACGCGCUCGAUCGAGAGUUUCAUCGUGAUGCCCUCGGACGCGAGGUCGAGCUUGGAUUGUCGGACGCCGAGAAACAACGCGUGUCGAUCAAGAUCGAGGCUUGGCUCAGGGUCAGAUGGGACAUCAUCGAUCGGUGGGAAUUGGCCAGAAUGGUC